AUGAAAUUUAUUAAUCGAUGUUUAUAUAAGUUUUCUACAAAUGUUAUUAGAGACUAAAUCUAUGAAUUUGACAAGAGUGCAAUUAGUUUGAGUGUUAGAAUUAAUAGCUUAAAGGAAUUCAAUGAUUUUUAAAGGUUAAGAGACUUAAAUAUACAUCGCAUAAUCUAUAAUCUGAAUGAUUAAGCAGAACUAAUGGAAUUUUUGGCUGAGCAUAAUGAUGAAUGUAUAAAAAAAAUAUUUGAUCCAUCCUUUUUUAUAUGUAAGUUAAAGAUUAAAUGAAAUCUUAGUUCGCGGUGUCAGUGUUAAUGUUCCGACUAUUCUGAGAGAUGGAAAAUUUAGAAAGCUGGAAUAAAAAGCAUUGUUAUAGAUUUGUCAACACUUAUUUAAAUUGAAAACAGAUUAAAAUAAGACUCAAUUCCAAGUAUUUAUGGUAUAUAUGAUUAAUUUAUUUUUAUGCAUUAAAACAUGAUGGAAACAUUGAUAAAGAGGAAGAAUUUUUAAGUUUAGUGAAA